AGGCAGGUCGGACUUCCCCCUCCUCCAGGUGCUCAGCCACCCGAAUCAUCCAAAGGGUAUUCACGCGGAGGAUGGCUCAGGAGGAGACAAGGAGACUGCCCCAAGUGCUGGCCCGAGUCGGGGCCUCCCAUGGCAUUACUGACCUGGCCUGCAAGCUCCGCUUCUAUGAGGAGUGGGCUCCAGAAUACGACCAGGAUGUGGCUGUUUUGGAGUAUCGAGCCCCCAGCCUUGCUGUGGAAUGCCUCAGUCAAGCCCUUCCUGGCCCACCCCAUGACAACUUGAUCCUGGAUGUGGCUUGUGGCACCGGCUUGGUGGCUGUUGAGCUGCAGGCUCGGGGCUUCCUCCAGAUACAGGGUGUGGAUGGCAGCCCAGAGAUGCUGAAGAAGGCCCAGGCACGUGGCCUAUACCACCACCUCAGCCUCUGUACCCUGGGCCAGGAGCCUCUGCCCAGCCCUGAAGGGACCUUCGAUGCAGUGAUCAUGGUGGGGGCCCUCAGUGAGGGACAGGUGCCCUGCAGUGCCAUUCCUGAGCUCUUAAGAGUCACCAAGCCUGGUGGGCUGGUGUGUCUGACAACCAGGGCCAAUCCUUCCAACCUUCCCUACAAGAAGGCACUAGAAGCCACCCUGGACUCACUGGAGCACGCUGGGGCGUGGGAACAACUGGCAGCCCAGACAGUGGACUGCUGGGAACUGGCCACCUCAGAACUGGAGAUGAUGCCAGGCACCAGCACCAAGGAUGGUUUCAUCCCAGGCAUCAUCUACCUGUACCGAAAGCAGAAGGUGGCUCAAGGGGAGGGAGGGAGGCCAGCUCCCCAGCCCCCAGCUGGUCUUUGAUCUUCCAUGCAUGGCCUUACCAAGCUGGUCUGCAGGGCCUUCUGGGCUCUCUCUGUGAACCCGAUCCCCUAUUACAUCCUGCCCCUUAGGAAUGCAGUGCUGAGUAAACU